AUGGUAGUAAAAUUAUCUGCUGGACAGAAACGUGGACCUGUAAACACCAUUGUUCAGGAGAAGAGAACACUGCUUGAAAAAAACGAUGUAGUUUCACUGCGAACUCCAAACUUUCUCCUACAUUACAGAGAUGUUGUGGAACAUUUGGAAUCUUCUCCUCCAAGCAAAUUUGACGUUUCACCACGAGGUGAUGUGCUUGCUCUAAUGAGCCAUAAUCGAGAAUUGGAAAUUUAUGAUUUGUUUGAAGAGAAGGUUGCCGUGCGGUCAAGAGUUAAAGUUCUUGAAGAGCGAUAUCCUGAAUGGUGUUUAUUAAAAUUCACGGCUAGUGGCUCUUUGCUGCUCUCUACCAGAAGUAAUGCUAUUAUUGAUGUAUUUGAUUCUUCUGGUGGAUACUGCUAUACAAUAGCUGUUAGUAAAGCAGUUGAAUCUUUUGAUGCUUCUUCAGUCAUCUGCGAUGUAACUUCAGUAUUACCUUUUAAAGAAACCACAAACUAUUUGGACGUAGUCUAUACCCUUCAAUAUAACUCAGUGUUUUCUUGUUACAAACUAACAUUAUUAAGUGGUUAUGACUCUCUGUUCAAAGUUGAUUUGGGUCAAGGGCUGACGACAGGAUUUUUAUUGGUUCCCUCCUUAAACUUGAUGGUAACUGCUGGACAACAUCGAGGUAUUGAGAGUGUCGAUGAGAUCGAUUGUAAUUUGGUUGGGUUAAACGUUUACCGAGUUGUCGAUGAAGAACCAUAUAUCGUCGACGUGCGGGUAUCAAAAACUCAAAUCUCUAUCUGUGAUAUUCUUACACAUUGGCUGUUUUUUAAAAAACCACAGAAUGGAGUUAUUAUUUCAAUGUCUGCCAACCGUACUUACUCGAAGGAGGUUGGCUUUCUAACUCGUCGUGGACAGUUCUUUCGCUGUAAAAUUGAUCAGCUGGAAGAUGGAUUAGCGGGGAAGUCUGAGGACGUUGAGGUAUUUAAUGAAAGUUCAAUACUGCUUGCUCCAAAAGACGCAGUGGUGUUUGCCCUGGAGUCAAAGGCAUACAUUGACGCAGCAAUUGGCCAGCCCUUAGUCGAUGUUCCGGAGGCUUUAGCACGUGGGGAUUUUGUGGCUGCUUUGGAACUUGCAGAGAAGCACAAAUUUGAUAAUAUCGAUUUUAUUUAUAAAGAACAGUGGAGACAGCUUGGUGACAAAGUUACUGAAGCAUCCGUGAAGAAUGUUUUGGGCCGGAUCAGCGACAAAGCUUGGGUAUUGGUUGAAUGUGUUGAAAGUAGGGCACUAGGAAUGAAUACUCAUCGUGCAUUAAUUAGUCUUGCAAAGGAGGUGACAAAUGAUGAUUAUUUGUCAGAAAGGUCUUUCGUCUUGCAUUGUGAAAGGAUGUACCGUUUAGCAAGAAGCUGGAACGAUACAGCAGAUGAUGCAUCUAUGUUUCUGGAGUUCAGAAAGCAGUCAUUUCUGGAUGUAGCUUUAUUUUUGGCAAAAGCUUCACGUACUGAUAUUCUUGAGAAACAUUUUUUAUGUGAUCCCGUUUUGCGACCACAUCUUUUAACUCUUUUAUGGUUUAUUCCGGAAACGAUCCCUCCGAAGAGAUAUGAAUUUUUGAUCCCUUACAAAACAGUAAAUGAAUGGUUUCCAGAAGGCACAAGCGGUAAAGAUUUCUUAUCUUCAGAACUGCAAUCACUACCCGGCGGUUUAAAAGAUGUUGUGGAGAAAUUAAAUUAUGAAUCGAAUGUUUAUGAGCAGAACGGAGAGCUGCUGCAAUAUGUUAACAGUGGGGAGCUGAAGCUUAGUGGAGUGCUCCAGUUUUUGAAAAACCGCGCUUUCGAAAUUGAUAGGACUACAGGGCUUGUCGAAGUGCUUAUUGAUUUUGUCAAUUUGGCAAUAUCUCAUGGAUUUACUGAAAUGGAGGAGUUUUUGGUUGAUACUACAUUUUAUCGUGACUUUGUACAGUUUUGUGGCUUGGUUCCUCUUUCUCUAAAGGCUUUCUGCACUUACAACAGCGAAACUGUCUUUAAGAAUGUGGAGAAACACAUGAGUGAGCAAGAUGUUUGUACUAACUUAAAAGGAAUUCUUCAACUUUUGGAGUACUUGUCUUCAAGAAAUCGCUGUGAGUCUAUAGGAAGUCAGUUAAAAUAUUUUUUGUUCAAAUACUCGAAACAGUCUUUACGUGUCCUUGAAAAAGCACGACAGAUUCGACCUGAAUGGAUUGAUGAAAAUUUGUUGAUCAGUUGUUUUUGUGCGUAUGAAGUUACUGGCGAUCUGCUUAUCUCGGAAGUCAGAAGAGCGAAGUUGCCACCUAAGUAUUUUGAAGCUUUGAAAGCAUUUAUUGCGCACAGUUUUGAACCACAAUUUGAGCAGUUACAUCAGUCGUUUUCGGAUAGUGCUGUUGCGCGUCAAAUGAUCUACCGCUUAAUUAGAAGCGCUGGAUGUGUAACUUUCAUGGACUGGAAAAAAUUAAAGCACGAUAUCUUUGAAAUUUUUGCCUUAUAUUAUUCUGAACUGUUUACCGAGAAGGAAAUUUUACUGAUGUUUGCUGACGAGAUGCUUGAUUUGAACGAUGUUAACAAAACACGUGAAUUAAUUUCUUUGGUAGCAACAUUUGAUGACAGCUCCUUUGAUACUGAAGGAAAUUAUUUGUCUCCUGAAGAAUCUUUAGAUCUCCUAAUAAACAAAAGUGACUGUUAUUUUACCAGUGCAUUAUCAGACAAGGGAGAUUUAAACUUAAGGUUAGCUAGAGAAGUUCUUUCACUUGUUCCUAAGGGCAGUCGGUUAGCGAAAACGAGAAUGACAAAGCAGUUAAAACUUCUAAAUGCAUAUGAUGUUGCUUUAAAUUUAAAUUGUGACCUGCUGCCGGUUAAAUUUAAAAAUUCUGAUCCAGAGAGUUUGUUUACAGAUGUUGUCCGAAUUGAUGAAAAUUAUAAAAAGCUGAAAGAAUGUGCUGAAUUGGCCACUUUGCUGGGCAUCCGCACACCUGUAGCACGAUCUUUGGAAAUUUGUGCUGUUGAGGCUUUACGUAGGAAAGAUGUUAGAUCGCUAAGGAAAUACUGCGAAGGCUUACUGAAAUUACCAAAGAAUCAGCCUUUACCGCUAGGCAUUCAUUCUCUUUGCAUUGAAGUAUUGAAGUCCGAACUUCUAAAUGAUAUGUAUGAUGAUCUGCUCACCUGCGCCAUUAUGAGUUCUCCACCUGAGGAUAUAUUUGAUACCUUGUUCCUCCUUCGUGAGCAAGAUUCUCCUAAGGCAGACUUGACGGGAGCUCCACUUGUAAAAGCCACUUCUGAAGUGGUCUUGGAUCCUAUGUAUACGCCAGUAGAUGAUUACUUUCCUUAUGAGAAUGCCAAACCACUACUUACUGAGAACCCAGAAGUGCAAGUAGAUUCUUUAAAUAUUAUCAAUCGUGCAAAAUACGAUAGCGCUGUCACAAAUUUAGCUCGCCAUUACACCCACGUCAGUUCAACUAUGGCUUUAGGUCUCUCGCUCUUGUUGCCGGAGGAAGCUGAAUGGACGGAAAAUAUCGUCCUUGCGAAAUAUUCUCGUGCUAUUCGUAUUGCUUCUAAAGAACUUCAGUUCAAGCAGAUUCAGUUACUGCCUCCUUUCUUUUUAAUGCAAAAAUAUGUGAAAUCUCCAGCUGGUGAGACAGCGAUGGAGAGAAUCUUGAACUCAGGUUGUGAUAGGGAAAGAUUCUUUGAAGAUUCUGAAUAUCGCGACCAAACUUUGAAUGGGAUAGCUAUGACAACAGACCAGGAUUUGAUCAAAGAUUGUAUUGAGGUUGCAGAGAAGUAUAAGAUGGAUAGCUGGACCAUUUGUAUGUCUGCGUUGGAGUAUUCCCUUACCGAAUCAGACGCUUUAUCGAGCUUCUCUCAGUCGUUUCCUCUUAACACCGAAGUUAUGGAGCGUUUGAGGUCGGACAAGAUUCGCUUUUUUACUCAUUUACGCAAUCACACAUUGAAGGCUGUUUCUGUUGCUUCCGAUUCUAAUAUUCGAAUCAAGGCCUAUCUAACGUUAUUUGAAUGCGAUUUCGCGCUCUUUUUGGGUGAUCAUGUCUCAGAAAUUGCCAGAUUCAUAGUUCCUUGUCUAGAUGAAGCUUGCAACGAGUUGGUUAAAAACGUGCGAUUACUUCCGAAUGGACCCUUUAUAUGUGAAACUGCUGCACAUAUAGUGUUCUCGAAUGAAAGAAGUUCUCCUUCUCAUUUACGGAAGUGUUUUAUUUUACUUGAAAACGACCCCGAACGUUUAAUUGACUUGAUUGCAUCUUUAUCGAAAACAGAAGAGAUCUCGUAUCUAGAUUUUGUUUUACGUGAGGUUGAUUUUGACGAACAUCUCCCUUUGAAGCCACUGUUACAAGACCGUUUGGAAAAUUUACGUGACACACCACUAGCGUUUUCUCUCUCUUCCACUUCGUUUGAACCAUCGUCAUCAAACGGCAUUUUAAGAAAACGACACCACUGA